AUGACGUCGUCGUUCCCCAGUCUACCCCCGGCGGCGGCGGCGGUCCCGUCGCAGUCCAUGUCGCACGAGUACACCCUGAGAUGCGACGACGCCGACGUCGAGAACAGCGCGCCGGCCCCGCGACAUCAUCAUCAUCAUCUUCGAAAACUUCUUCUCGCGGACGACAUCGAACACGCGAAGGCGACGGUCCUCGCGACCGCGACCGCGGCGACGCUCGGGGACGAACGCGCGGCCGUCUCCGCGAUGGUCACCGCGACGGAGACGGCGGUGAUAAACGACGUCCUCCGCGGCGAGGUCGCGGCGGAUAAGUCCGCCGUCGCCGCGGUGUACGCCGCGCGUCUGGAUCUCGGCCUGGAGGGAUCUCAGGGAGGAGGAGGCGCCUCGAUCUCGACCGACGCGACCGAACGCGGCGGAGGCGCGCCGUGCUCGUCCUCGCCAGACUCUGCGGAAGCGCUGAACGACGUCGGGUUCUCGAAAGACGGCUGGGAAAGCCUCGGGGCGACGACGACGACGACGACGACGACGACGUGCACGGCGACGGAGGGAACCGAAAACCAAAACGCGCCGCCGCCGCCGCCGCGGUUCGUGGGAAGCGCGAGUCAGCACGACGCCGGCGCGCGCGCGGCGUCUGGAACGACGUCGACGCCGCCGGUGGCGUCGAAACCACCGACGGUGACGUUCUCCGCGGACGUUCUCGCGGCGGAGGAGGAGGUCGAAGACGCGGAGGAGGAUGUGUUUUACGCCGGCGGCACGCAGGCGUGGGCGCCGGACGACGGAACGGACGACGACGGCGACGCGGAAGCGGACGAAGACGAAGAAGGCGACGCGUUCGAUUGGACGGGCGGGACCCAGGCGAUGCCGCCGCCGGCGUCGCCGUCCCUCGAAGUCGCCGCCGCCGGGACCGGGGCCGUCCCCGCGUCGGUCGCGCGCGCGGAAGACGCGCCGAAGACCGCGUCGAGCCCUAAACCCGGACAACCCGGUUUCCUGCGCGUCGCCGCGAAGCCCGCGGCGGUGCGUCGUCUGUCCGCGCGCGCGCACGAUCCGCCGGCGACGACGCGAGACGCCGCGGAAGAACGCCCCGCGGCGUCGCCGCUCGCGACAGCGCCGCCUCCGGUCGCGGCGUCGGACCCGUACUCCGUCGACGUCGUCCUGUCGUCCUGCGCGCCCGCCACGGGGAACACGCAGCCGCCCGCGUGCACGCCCGCGCAGGACGUCAUGUGCUCGCUGAUUCCGUCGACGUUUCCUCCGCCGGGGUUGCAGACGCGCGGCGGCGCGGGCGGCGCAACGAUGACGCCGUCCACGCUCGGGGGAUCGCCCGCGAUGCCGCUGCACUUAGUCGCCGCAGAAGCCGCGGCGACGCGCGAAGAGGCGCCGCCGCCGACCGCGGCUAAGACGAAGACGACGACGACAGCGACGGUGGAGUCGACGUUACCCCCGACCGCGCCGCGGUUCGACGCGCGCGGCGCGGAUGAAAACGCGGACGACGAGGUCCCGAUGUCGAUCGCGGCGUCCCCGGGCGCGGGAAAGCGUCUCCCCGCGCGCGUCCGCGGCCUCGCCGCCGCCGCCGCGAUCAGCGCGCGCGAGCGAAGAAACGUCAAUCUCGGAGGUCUCGCGGGGAUGAGUCUGUCGCUCGGUCCGCCGAACGACCUGGACGACGACGACGGCGACGACGACGGCGACGACGACGUCGUCGACGCGAGCGCGAAGUUCGACGUCGCCGCCGGCGCGAACGGCGCGCUCGCUGAGACGCUCCCGUCGUUCGCCACGGAGACGCAGCCGCCCGCGGACGGAAAGUCGGCCGAGAAACAGACGCAGUCGAUGACGUCCAACGUCGUCGAGACGCAAGCGCCGACGGCGGAGGGACGGAGGAACGACGCGACCGCGGACGCGGAGACCCGCGCCGCGGGGGACGACCCCGUUCACCCCGUUCUCUCUAUCGUACCAGCCCGCGACGUCCGAGGCGGCGCCGCCGCGCGCGCGAAACGCGCGCGAGGGCGUCGCUCGCGCGGGAGGGUGGGCCGGCGCCGCCGCGGCCGCGGUGCACCAAGCCACGGACGAUACCGAAUCCCCCGACGUCUGCGUGAUGGAGUCGCAGCAGGUCAGGGACGUCGUCGCGGACGCGGCUGGUCUGUCCACGUCACAGGCGGCGGAGGUGGACGCGAGGGCGAGAACGAACGCGAACGCGAACGCGAACGCGAGCGCGAACGAGAUGGACGUCGACGCGGACGCGCCGUCGCAGCACGCGUUCACAGAUCCUUUCAGGUUUGA